CCGGCGAGCUCCCAACAACCCUCCCCCCCCCUCCUUUCCGCGCCUGGCGGCGGCUGCUCCGGGCAGUUAGAACCGCGACCCGGACGCCCGCUACAGCUGCGCAGGCGCCGUGGGGGGACCGCCACCACCCCAACCACCCUACGUACACCCUGCCUCGCAGGGCACCUCCCGGCGAGGGGCCAGGCGUCCCGAGGCUCCGCGUUCCGGGGCUGCGACCGAGGCGCUGGCGGCAGCGGCGGGAAGAUUACCUUUUGGAAUGCUGUCCACAAUGAAGUUAGCAUUGACACUUCUAUUUUCUGGAAUUAUAACGAAUUGUAGAGGCAAUUCUACGUAUAAUUUGAUGCCCAGGUUACUCUUGGUAUCCUUUGAUGGCUUCAGGGCUGACUACCUAAAGAAGUAUGAACUUCCUCAUCUCCAUAAUUUUAUUGAAGAGGGUGUCUUGGUGGAGCAUGUUAAGAACGUUUUUAUCACAAAAACUUUUCCAAAUCACUACAGCAUAGUGACAGGCUUAUAUGAAGAAAACCAUGGCAUUGUGGCUAACUCAAUGUAUGAUGCAGACACACAGAAACAUUUUUCAGAAUCUAAAGACAAAGAUCCUUUUUGGUGGAAUGAAGCAACCCCUAUUUGGGUAACCAAUGAGCUUGAGGAAAACAGAACAAGUGCUGCUGCUAUGUGGCCUGGUACGGAUGUGGCUAUCCACAAUACAACUCCUUCUUAUUUUAUGAAUUAUAAUCCUUCAGUAACAUUUGAUGAGAGAUUAGGCAAUAUAACUAAAUGGCUUAACAGCUCAGAUCCUCUCGUUACCUUUGCAACACUCUAUUGGGAAGAACCCGAUUCAAGUGGACACAAAUAUGGACCUGAAGAUAAAGAGCAAAUGAGUGCUGUUUUGAAAGAAGUAGAUAACCACAUAGGCCACCUUGUAAAUAAACUCAAGACGUUGGGAUUGUGGGAAAGCCUUAAUGUCAUCAUUACAAGUGAUCAUGGGAUGACCCAGUGUUCUAAGGAUAAAUUGAUAAAAUUGGAUGCCUGCAUUGAUCGCUCAAACUACACUAUAGUAGACACGACCCCAGUUGCUGCAAUACUGCCUAAAGAAAAUCAAACCUAUGUUUUUAAAAACCUGGAACACUGCAAUCCUCACAUGAAAGCUUAUCUUAAAGAUGAUAUUCCAGGAAGAUUUCAUUACCAGCACAAUGGACGAAUUCAGCCAAUUCUUUUGGUUGCUGAUGAAGGCUGGACAAUUGUGCUGAAUGAAUCUUUUAAAUUAGGUGACCAUGGUUAUGAUAAUGCUUUGCCAAGUAUGCAUCCAUUCCUGGCUGCCCAUGGCCCUGCCUUUCACAAAGGCUACAAGCACAGCACAAUUAACAUCGUGGAUAUUUAUCCUAUGAUGUGUCACAUCCUAGGAUUAAAACCACAUCCGAACAAUGGAACCUUUAGUAACACUAAAUGUUUAUUAGCUGAUCAGUGGUGCAUAAAUCUUCCAGAAGCUAUCGGAAUAGUGAUUGGUGCCCUUCUGGUGUUAACUACUCUGACCUGCCUCAUCAUUAUCAUGAAAAACAAACUGUCUGUUCCACGUCCAUUUUCCCGACUUCAACUACAAGAAGAAGAUGAUGAUGAUCCUUUGAUUGGAUAGCCUGUGCGAAGUUUUGACUUUGUGUCUUGAAACUGUCAUUUGAGUUCGUCAUCAAAUAUAGGAGAAUUAUGCUGGAUGGUAUAUCAGCAAAAGGGUACACUUUGAAAGAAUUACAAAGGAGUUAGACCAAACAUGUUAACAGUUGUUUUUAUACAUCUUUCGGUGUGUUACAAACAUAAAAUACUGUGACUGACCAUAGAGGAAUUCUUCAGACAAGCCAAAAAGUGAUCUCUUUAGUUAACUAGAAAAGUCUGUUGUCCAAAAUUAUUUAUACCACUUUUUAUUUUUGCAACUAUUGCACCUUCAAAUACCAAAAACUUAGCAAGUAUCUAGGUCUCUAGUGAAUUUUUAUAUUUAUAAAUGAAGCAAAAUUCUUCACGCAGUUCUUGCACAUUCAUGUAUCAGGGAGAAAAGAGUUCCUAUAUUUUUGUAUUAACCUUUAAUAAGAACCCUUCCCCUUACAUCGUAUAUACAUAUGGUGAAUUGCUGUCUUUGAUAUAGAGUUAGGAAAUAGGAAAGCAGAGAUCCAAUUUAAGAAACAUGAUUCUUAGGAAAGGUAAAGUUACAUUUUUGCCAGCCAGUUUUUUGUCACCAUUCUUGAGAAAUAUUUCUUAUUUUGUGACUCUAAUGUGCUAGGACCCUACACAUACUUCUUGAAGAAUUAUACCUGAAUAGAAAUGUAGGAGGAAGUAUGAAAGAUAUGACAAAGUAUUAUAUAUCUUAUGAAUGAAUGCCUUUUCUGCAUGAGUUCCAAUGCACUUAAUGUCUAUAUGAAAUCUGGGCUUUUUUUUUUUUUAAAGAGAGAACCAAACAACCUGACAUUAACAUUGGGUCCGUGGGCUUUCAAAUAACUAUGUAGUUGUUGACCUUUUGGGAAGAUAUUAUUUUUGCACUUAAAUUUAGUCCAUCCUAUCUUUGUAACUCAUGAAUUUAAAACUGUACUUUUUAAUCACUGGUUUUGCUUACUAUUGCUAUCUUUCUCAUGUUAUUUAUUUUAACAUCUGAUAUCCUGUUACUAAAAAACAUGAAUAUCUGAUAUAAGAAGUUCUCUCUCCUCUGAAAAUUCUUGGUGGCUCAACCUUCAAAGAACUAGUAGUGAGAUUUAAGAUCUUUUUAUCCUUAUUUGUGUGUCAUAUUUGAAGAAUAAAAAUUAUUUACACUAUAAUGAUUCUCAGUAUCCCAAAUUACUUUGUUGACUUUAUUUUCAGUUCUUACUUGUAUCACAAACAUUGGCUUUAAGCCAGUGAAAACAUGAGAAGCAAAGACUUAUUGUGAAGGAGUGUCCUUCCACCCAAGGGUGGCACUUCCUAAUGCUAAUUGAAAAUUUAAGAUUCUUAUAAGGAAGUUAACACAUUGUAUUCUCAGUAACUGUGGAAACUUUUUUCUCUAUAAUCAGAGGACUACCUGAGACAAGUGGUUAAUGGAACUUGUGAUCUUUAAAAAUCAGUAGUGUGAAAUGUUGAAUAGCUGAACUUGUGACAUCAACAUUGGAAGACACCGCACAAAAUAUUUUGUUUUCUAAACAAGUCAGCUUUUGGUUAUUUGUGCUGAUGAAAUACAGCAUUCUUAGGGAUUAUCAAACUGAUUGAGCCAACCUGAGUAGUCAACUCUAGCCUCACUUUAGUCACAGAAUUCUGCUAUCAGGUGAGUUGGCCUCUAGAGAAGAUUCACAGACCACUCUGCAGAAAGAACUUGUGUGACCAGUAUAUAUGCAGGUAAAGGGAGUAUUGACUAUUGAGGGUACAUGAACAAACAGAUUAUUUGGGGAUUAUUUUGUCUUUUUGACAAAUAUUUGUACCUGAUUUUUCCCUGAUUAUAGGGCCAGGGAAUAGGUAAGAUAAAGGAGUAUUAGUUUAUUUUUAUGAAUUAGUGUAAGCAUUACUACAUAAUUCAGACUAGAAACUUACCAAAAAUCAACCCAAAAGAAUUUAGUUGCAAAAUGUUUUCAGAUCUUUAGAAUCUGGGGCAUUGGACUGUUUUUAGAGCAAGGGCCUGAAAUGGUAGCCAAUUAUUUUGUAGUAAUUGGAACAGAAGUUGGCCCUUACAGUGAGGUGAAUCAGUAGGUUUAUUGAUCCUCAAAAAGUUUUCAUGACUUCUUAAAAUCUCAACUUUCUAAAAUGUAGCAUGUGUUUUGUUAAUGAAUUAUUUAAAACAAGAAUAUGCAUUUAUCUGGUAAAUCCCAACAAGGUUGGACUCUUUUGGUGGUUGUUAAUAUAUAUCCUCUUGGGGAAAGAUGAACAGUACUUAUAAUGAAAAAAUUAUUAUUAAAUUAUAUUUUGAGUUAAUUUACAGUUAAUUUAGUCUGUCACUUUAGAAAAUAAGCCAGGAGCUGCUGUUGUACACUGGAUAAAUAUCUAGUAAAAUUAGCUUUCUUAUUAAAUUACUAUAACAUUUUGGUAAGCAUUUCAAAUAUUUGAUUAGUAAGGCAGAUUUCUUUUUAUCUAUCACUUAAAAGAUGAAAUAUUUGUUACUGGAAAUUUAAAUUUCCAACGAUGUCCAUCAAGGGUAAUAAAAAGUUUUGACUUUUUCAAUUAAGAAUGAAGCCUAUAGAAGAUAUCUUUGAUACAUAGGGACAGUUCUGCUAUUCUCAUAAACAGCCAAAAAAACUGAACCCAUUCAUAUGAUAUUCCUUGCAGUGAUCUGUUAUGCUUAUAAGAACUUGAAUAUCAAGUUACUUAGGACACUGGAAAAUUGAAAGUGUUUUUUCAUGGUUUUUGAAUGACCUCUUUGCCAGUAUCUGGUAAACUCUAAGACUGGGCCAGGGCAGGGGAGGGGGGUGGGAAGAGAGGGAAGGGGGGUGGCUGGAGAAGAUGCUGCCCUUUUUUGACAAAGAUGGUUGUUGAAGGGAAAAGGAUGACUUAGACAUUUUCCCCUUGUAAAAUUCUGUGUUAAAGCAAAUGUGACAAGGUGAGCUUUUAAAAAUGUAGUGCCUUAAGUUUCAAGUAAAAUGUUUAUAUUUUGACUUUAUUUGGAUUUCUAUGGAGAAAUUUUGCAUAUGUCUAUGAAAAAAACCACCUCACCAAUAAAAAGUUAUCCUCAAAUUCUCUACUGUGUUUAUUCUAAGUGUGAGCUUUGCUGAGAGGUAGCAGUGGUGUGGUGAAAGAACACUGGACUUCAAUUGAUUAGACCUGGUUUCAAGUCCUUUUUCUGUCACUGUUGGUAUGUGGUAUGUUCAUGUGCUUAUCACUUAAACUUAUUAAACCUCUGUUUGCUCAUCUGUAAAAUGGUCAUACAUUGAGAGGGUAAAGUGCUAUGUAAACUUCUAAUUCCU